AAGGAGCCGAGGCAGUUCAGUCGCCAGCGGAGCUCGAGACAGCGGAUGAACGGAGCCGAGCGAGUGUACCGUCACCCCUUGUCGUGUUUUUUACAGCAGCGGAAAGCGGCGUCCGGCGGCGCGAAACCUGCCCGAAAAUGAUGCUCAAACUCGUCCAUCUCCUCGGGGUGCUGGUCUGCGGCAGCCAAGCCGCCCUGCAGGUGUCCAUAUCCUUGAACAAAGUGGAGUUAAGUGUUGGGGAGUCGAAGUUCUUCAUCUGCACAGCGAUUGGCGAGCCAGUGCGGCUCGAGUGGUACAACCCUCAGGGCGAGCGCAUCGUGCCCUCCAAGCGAAUGGCACUUCACUCGGAGACGUCACGAUCCAGGCUCAUCAUUUACAACGCCAUCAUCGAGGACGCGGGGAUCUACCGCUGCCAGGCCACUGAUGCCAGCGGCCAUACAGAGGAGGCCUCAGUCGUGCUGGAGAUCUACCAGCGGCUGACGUUUCGGGAUGUUCAGUCACCGCAGGAGUUCCGCCACGGUGAGACAGCCGAGGUGGUUUGUGACGUCAUCAGCUCGCCGGUGCCUGUGGUGGUGUGGUACUACCAGGACAGAGAGAUCACAGAGGAGCACCACAGCAGGUACCUGGUGCUGGCAAACAACAACCUUCAGAUCCACCAGGUGACCAAAGCGGAUGAGGGCGUGUACCGCUGUGAGGCCAGCGUGGAGGCCCGAGGCGAGAUCGACUUUGUGGACAUUGCUGUGGUCGUCAAUGUCCCUCCGGUGCUGUCGGUGUUCCAGCAGUCCUUCAACGCCACGGCGGACUACCAGGAAUCAGUCACCUUCACCUGCAUCACCUCCGGGUCUCCUGAGCCGCUAGUCACGUGGCACAGGAAAGGGCAGCAGCUGGAGCCGUCAGAGCAGUAUUUUUUCACCAAGCUGGAUGGUGGGCGGAACAUGUUAACUAUCCGCAACAUCCGGCAGGGCGACGGGGGAAGCUACACCUGCAGAGCUACUAACAAGGCAGGAUCACAGGAGAGGGAACUGUUCCUCAAAGUGUUCGUCCAGCCCCACAUCACCCAGCUGAAGAAUGUGACAGCCGUGGAGGGCAGCGCCGCCAUGAUCUCCUGCGUGGCUGACGGCGAGCCUCUGCCGGAGAUCUCCUGGAGGAGAGCCAGCGACGGGCAGACCUUCGUGGACGGAGACAAGAGUCAAGACGGGCGAUUUGAAGUCAGAGGCCGCCACGGGAAGUCAGUGCUGACCAUUAGCGGCGUGCGGCUCGCAGACUUGGGCCGCUUUGACUGUGAGGCGCUGAGCAGAAUUGGAGGUCAUCAGAAGAGCAUGUACCUGGACAUCGAAUAUAUACCAAAGUUCCUGACCAACCACACCAUCUUCUACUCUUGGGAGGGGAACCCCGUGAACAUCAGCUGCGACGUCAUGUCGAACCCUCCCGCCACCAUGCUGUGGAGGAGAGAACGCUUCACCAUCUCAGCAGAGGGCACGACAAACACGAGGGUACACAGCGCAGAGGGAAAGUCUGUGCUGGAGGUGACCCCGAUGUCCGACAGAGACUUCGGCCGCUACAACUGCACAGCCAGGAACAACAUCGGGGUCCGAUACCAGGAGUUUAUUCUGGCACAAGCAGAUGUACCGUCAAAUCCAUACUCGGUGCGUCUCUCAGCCGUCUCCCAGCGCUUAGCGACGGUGACCUUCAUGAAGCCCGACUCGCAUGGUGGCGUACCCAUCAGCUACUACCUGGUCCAGUACAAGGAGGUGGGCUCGCAGGACUGGAGGGACGUGAAGUCUCACAGCGUACAGACGACGGUGGUGCUGACGGGGCUUGAGCCAAACACGACGUACGAAGUCCGAGUGGCAGCUGUCAACGGGAAGGGUCAGGGAGAGUUCAGCCACACAGAGAGUUUCCAGACUUUACCCAUCCGAGAGCCGAGUCCGCCAGCGGUCCAUGGGCAGAGAGGGAUGGGAAAGGCGUACAGGCUCGGGCUGGUCAAGCAAGAUGAUGGAGGGAUGCCCAUCGUGGAGUACAUCGUCAAGUACAAAACUGAUAAAGAGGAGCAGUGGAUGACCAAGCUAGUACCAGGAGCGAAUGAUUUUGCCAUGCUGCAGCCGCUGCAGUGGAACACGAGAUAUGAAGUGGAAAUCACAGCGCGAAACGUAAAAGGCCUGUCGGAGCCGACUUUCUAUCAGUUCUUCAUGCCACAGAAACCCGACAUUACAGCAGAAUCCCUGUUCAGCGGCCUGGGGCUGGGCGCGGUGGUGGGCCUCGGCCUGGGAGCGCUGCUGCUGCUGCUGGUGCUGGUGGACGUCAGCUGCUUCUUCCUGCGUCACUGCGGCCUGCUGAUGUGCAUCACGCGCACGCUCUGCAGCAAGAAAACAGCCACCAGUGGAAAGGGCAAAGAAAUAGAAGAGGGCAAAGCCGCCUACCUGUACACCUACAACAGCCGCCCAACCACCCUUUCAGCCACAGAAACUACCGCUGAAGGAAGAAAAUGGAAAAGAGUCUCUCAAGCCGGAUACGAUUGAAAUCAAAGUUCACAGCGACAACAGCAUCCACAUAAAGCCCGACGACAGCAAAGCGUAAAAAGGGUCCGGUCCCCCCUCGCCACCAAAAGAACAUUCACGGAUCAUGAGACCAAAACCCAGAGAAACUACAGCACUGGAAAAAUAGUGGAGUAAAAUACCAUAUCUGUUUAUAACAAUGCCCCAGUGAAAGGCAUGUGUAAAUACAAAUAAUACAGAGAAAAUAGAAAGAGAGAAAGGGUCAAACUUUUAGACGCCCUGAGUGAUAUAUGUAUCAUGUUCUUGAAAAACAUGGCAUCAGUGGAAAGCUCUUGUUGAUCAAUGAUUGUAUUUUAUUUGUCUCUUUUUCGUUGUCUGGUCAUAAAUGUUGAUUUUAUGAUGAGUUCCUUUGUUUUACAGCCCACAGAUUUCCAUACCCAGACCCUGCUAUGACUUCUCACACGAAUGCAGGCAAAGCUAACAUGCUAAUGCUAAUGCUCUUUUUGUCAGAAGGAACGCAUGGGCUGAACAUCCCUGUCGAUAUGAAACGUCGUCCUUACCUGAGUGUGCAACAUUUAGGCCUCUAGUAGUGAUGCGAGGUAACAUGAGGCAUGAGUUAAUUCAAGCUGGAGAAAAAGGUAAAUGUGCAAAGAAACAUACAUCAUUACGACGAAGAAUUGAGCUUUGGACUAAAAUGGCUUUCUGAAGGGCUAUUGUGGAUAAAAUUUAGCGCUGCAGGAACAAAAACCUAAAAAAAUCUUGAUUAACAGUCACUUUUUUGCUGUCUGUCACUUUUAAAGCCUCACGUUUGCACUGCUUUUAUUGUUGGCUAACUCUUUACGCUGACUCUUCUAUUCUUUAACAAUGUUCGUUUUCCCAUCAAUUAAGGUGCAUACCAUUCAAAAUUAAGCAAAUUUCUGUAAGUCUUCAAAAAGAGAGGGUAAAGGCUUCCCUUAAAAGAUGUCCUGAGUGAUUUUGGCGCAGUCGUUGCCAACUCACGGUGUGGGAACAACCGAGUAGAGAACACAAUCAGCAUUUUUGUAGUGUUUUUUUUAUCCAUCCGUCUCAAAUGUUUCUUUGAAGCUUCUGUUCUUGAUUUAAACCUCUCUGAUGUUGUCAUGUGAUGUACAUAGGUGAAAAAAAAGAAUAUUUUACAAAGCUUUUAUGUAAAUAUACCCUAAAAGAUGUGUCUUUUUCAAGAUUCAACAGGCUUGGCUUUUUCUUGUGAACACUCCUCAGAUGAAAAGCUGUUUUUUUCUGUUUUUUUCUUCUUUUUUUGGUUGUGUUUUGGUCCAAAGUUCAGUGACGGUGUACUCUUGCUUUUUCUAGUCAUUUGUUUCCCUUUAGAAAAUCCAUGCCCCAAGGCUAUUUCACGGCGUUUUAAUGCAGACGGUAAUUACGGCAUUAGUGUGCCUUUUUUUGUUCUUUUCUUUCCCUCUUGUGGCCCGAUGCCGCCGCCGCCGCUACAGCAGCAGCAGAAAUGAAUUUUGGAUCACUGCUUUUUUUUUUUUUUUUUUCACUGAAUGUGUCAGACAGUUGAAUAUUAAUGUGACGCUGUGAAUUCUGGGAAACGUAGUGUUAGGAUUGUGGAGUGUAGUCGACGACACUGGACAGAAGUAUGUAACUACUAGAUGUCAGGUAAUUCAAAGUGCAGAAUGCAUCGACGUGAGUGGGUGUGGACGUGUGGGUGCGUACAUGCAUGAGUGGGUGAGAGCAGUGUCUACAUGAAUCAGGUUGCAUGUAUGUUUGUUGAAUGUAUCUGCACGUACUGUAAGUCAUCCAUGUGAGAGUGAAUGAGUCUCCCUGCUCAAUUAAUAUCUUUAAUUUUGAUUUCUUUAAUUUAUUUGAUCUAUUUAUAUCCGAUUAAUCACUUUUCAGCUCCAUGAUGCAUUGCAGCUCUGCAAAUCAUUUAGGUUUAUGACCACGUGCCAAGUAUGAAUGUCCAAUCGCUGUGAGUGUUGGCAAGAGCUCUCACCGAGUUGCGCAGCACGCUCCGAUAGGUAAAACCUGAUUAUGUAGUUCUCAACGGUGAUUAAUUCCCCCAGGCUGCAGCACUCCACUCUGCAUGUGUCUGCCGCCACUUCUCCCUGCCUCUCAGACUCCACUGGUUUUUAUCUCAGACCUCAUAGCGCUGGCUUUGUUUCCUCACAGCGAGCCCUUGUACCUGCAUAUCUCCAAACGGAUGGUCCUGCCAUGGAGUGGUUCCGCUGCCUGUUACGAUGACUGUAAAUACGGGAGCCUGGAGUGCCUGGAGGCUAUACGAUUUGUACAUGUUCUUUUUGUAUUUGAAUAUGAGUCGAAAAAUACCCGACACCCCCCCGCCUCCUCUCCUUCUUCUCCUCUCCUGUCGUCCUCUUCUCCUCCACCACCAGUCCUUUUUUCUGUAGGGGGUAAAACAGGUGUGUUUGAGCUCAGUGUACAGUAUGUGUCCUCUUGUCCCCAUGCUCCCCGUGUCCCCUGGACUGUCCCCGCUGAGUGUGCUUUGUGCAGGAGGUGGGAACUAUUGAUGUCUCUCUGUACGUACCUGUGGAAACACUUGUGACUCCUGUCAUUUGCCGCUGUAAAUAAACAUGUCCUGGUAGAAGAGAGUGA